AUGGAACCCUUACGCCCGCUCUCCCCGCACUUCCGGUUCUCCCCGCACUUCCCGUUUUCCCCGCACUUCCCCGUUCUCCCCGCUCUUCCCGCUCUCUCCGCUCUUCCCGCUCUCCCCGCUCUCCCCGCUCUUCACACCGAUUUCCGGCCGGGGCCCUCUCCAAAGUUGCUGAAACGAACGAUUGCAACGAUCGCCACAAUGAGGGCCUCGCUCCCUCCCACCUGUAUGAAGAAGUGUUUUGAGACGUCUCAAAACCCUUUCUUCCUUCCUCUUUCCCGUGUCAGGUCGUUGGGACGAAUGGUUGCAACGAUCGCCAGAAUGAGGGCCUCGCUCCCUCCCACCUGCCUCCUCCUCCUUCUCCUCCUCGCCAUCGCCCUAACCACGCCUCUCCACACCACCACCGCCGCCGCCGCUACCGGUAAAGGCGAGUGCUGGCGGGAGAAAAAAGAUCUGGAGGAGUGCAGAGCGGUGGAGAAGGUUGCGGCGGAGCGGAAGGAGGCGAUGGAGAUCAAGGCGAAUGCGACGGAGGAGGCGGCGCACAAGGGGCGGGACAGGAUGUUUGAGUGCAAGGAGAAGGUCGACCAGGACAAGGAGGCGUGGCAGAACGAGAAGAGUGAAAUCAGUAAGGCCUUCUCUUCCUGUCUUGAACUGGUUCUCAAUCCGGACCUCACUCUUGCUGCACUCAGUCCGGACCUCACUCUUGCUGCACUCAGUCCGGACCUCACUCUUGCUGCACUCAGUCCGGACCUCACUCUUGCUGCACUCAGUCCGGACCUCACUCUUGCUGCACUCAGUCCGGACCUCACUCUUGCUGCACUCAGUCCGGACCUCACUCUUGCUGCACUCAGUCCGGACCUCACUCUUGCUGCACUCAGUCCGGACCUCACUCUUGCUGCACUCAGUCCGGACCUCACUCUUGCUGCACUCAGUCCGGACCUCACUCUUGCUGCACUCAGUCCGGACCUCACUCUUGCUGCACUCAGUCCGGACCUCACUCUUGCUGCACUCAGUCCGGACCUCACUCUUGCUGCACUCAGUCCGGACCUUAGUUCGGAAAGACGCUGGAGGGACGCAGCGUCCUGCCAUCUCGCCGUUUGGGAUGACGCGAACGUGCGGCGCGAUGGUGGAGUUGUGUGCGCGGAUGUUCCUAAGCGCGUUUCCGACGCCAUUCGCAACACGAAGGAAACGAAGAAGACGGCGCGUAAAGAUAAGGAGAGGGCUAUGGAGGAGGCGCUCACGUCGGUGGGCGGCCAAGGCGGAGCGGGUCCGAAGGCAAAGAAGGGGCGGAUGGAGCAUUGGUAUGGCGAGGGGGGGAUGUCGGCGAAGCGUGCGGCUGACGAUGCGAUUUGCCUCUUCGUCGCGGGGACGCGCUCGGCGGAGGUCAUUAGCGAGCACCCCCUCUUCCUCAACAUGUUGCGCGCCGUUAGCGCCGCCGGUGCCGGCUACGUUCCGCCCAAGGUGGGCUACGUUGGAGGCGCCGGGUUGCUGGCGUGCAAGCAGCAGAUUGAGAAGGGUUUGUCGCCCAUUACGAAGUCGUGGAAGGAGACCGGCGUGACGAUCGCGAGCGAUAUGAUGAAGGACAAGAGCGGGCGCGCGCAGAUGAACGUCGUCUUCAUCAACGCCAGUGGAGCGGUUUUCCAGGAGGCGUUCGACUGCAAGGCGGAGACCAAGACUGGGGCGUUCAUCGUGAGCGUCCUGCAGCCGCUGAUCGAGAAGCUUGGACCGGAGCACGUCGUCGCGAUUUGCACGGACGGCGGCAGCAACUACGUGUCCGCCGGCAAGCUGCUGCAGAAGAAGUACCCGCACUUGGAGUUCGUCCCCUGCGCCACCCACGUGCUCGACCUGCUGUUGGAGGACUUCGGCGGCAUGGAUUGGGCGCAGGAGGUCGUGUCAGUUGCCACCGACAUGAUCACGUUCCUGCGCAGCCACACGUGGACGCGUGCCUUCCUCCGGUGUCCCGAGCUGCACGGCGAGAAGAAGUCGCUGCAGCCGCUGCGACCGGCGGGCACACGCUUUGGGACGCAGUACAUUGCCGUUUCCCGCCUUAAGGAGAUUCGCCAGCACCUGGUGAACAUGGUGACGCACACGGACUGGGCCGAGAAGGGGAGGAAGCAGCAGACUGGAACUACUUUUGAGAAGGCGGUGAUGGAUGUGGAGUGGUGGGGCAAGGUGGACACCUUCGUCAUGGUGAUGGAGCUGCCGUACAAGUUGAUGAGGAAGACGGAUGGGCCAGCGAAGGGGAAGAUGGGAGCAUUGUACGACAUGAUGCUGCAGCUGACGGUGGACCUGACGGAGCUGUUGGAGAGGGCGGAUUGUAAGCUUAAGGAGUCGGAGAAGGAGGAUUUGCUGGAGCAUUUGAGGAGGCGAUGGGAUGAGAGUCUGGCCUGCCCUCUUCACGUGGUAGGCCGGAUUCUUAACCCGGUCAACCAGGAGGAGGGGAUAUACCUUAAGGACAGGGAGUGCACCAGGGUGAUGAAGGCGUGGCUGCAACGCUCGAGGGUCUUCGUCGACAAGUAUUGGAAGAAGGACGGCGAGCGGGAGGGAACGAUGUUGGCGCUGCAGGAGGGGAUGCUGGCGUACAUUGAGGGCAAGGGGGGGUUUGGGUCGGAGGAGGCGGUAGCGGGCCGUGCGCAGCUGAAAGAGGGGAAGGGGGACAUGGCGGCGUGGUGGAAGGUGAAUGGCUGGGAGUACCCUGAACUGGCAGGCCUUGCGCAGCGUGCUGUGUCACAGGCCGUUUCCGCCUCUCCAUGCGAGCGGGGAUGGUCUGUGUGGGAUGGGGUGCACACGGCGCGCAGGAACAGGCUUGGGUCGGAGAAGGUGCGCGACCUAGUGUUCGUGGCGCACAACUGGCCGGUUGUGCACGGCCACCACCAGGCCGCAGCUGGUGGAGCAGGGCCAAGUGGGGGAGUGAGGAGGGCGGGGGUGGUGGAGGGUAACAUUCCCACCCCUCCCCUCCCCGAGGGAUACAAGUUGGAGGAGGACGGGGAGAGGGAGGUGGACGAGGACGACCCGGCAGUCGACGAGUCCAGUCCGGACCUCACUCUUGCUGCACUCAGUCCGGACCUCACUCUUGCUGCACUCAGUCCGGACCUCACUCUUGCUGCACUCAGUCCGGACCUCACUCUUGCUGCACUCAGUCCGGACCUCACUCUUGCUGCACUCAGUCCGGACCUCACUCUUGCUGCACUCAGUCCGGACCUCACUCUUGCUGCACUCAGUCCGGACCUCACUCUUGCUGCACUCAGUCCGGACCUCACUCUUGCUGCACUCAGUCCGGACCUCACUCUUGCUGCACUCAGUCCGGACCUCACUCUUGCUGCACUCAGUCCGGACCUCACUCUUGCUGCACUCAGUCCGGACCUCACUCUUGCUGCACUCAGUCCGGACCUCACUCUUGCUGCACUCAGUCCGGACCUCACUCUUGCUGCACUCAGUCCGGACCUCACUCUUGCUGCACUCAGUCCGGACCUCACUCUUGCUGCACUCAGUCCGGACCUCACUCUUGCUGCACUCAGUCCGGACCUCACUCUUGCUGCACUCAGUCCGGACCUCACUCUUGCUGCACUCAGUCCGGACCUCACUCUUGCUGCACUCAGUCCGGACCUCACUCUUGCUGCACUCAGUCCGGACCUCACUCUUGCUGCACUCAGUCCGGACCUCACUCUUGCUGCACUCAGUCCGGACCUCACUCUUGCUGCACUCAGUCCGGACCUCACUCUUGCUGCACUCAGUCCGGACCUCACUCUUGCUGCACUCAGUCCGGACCUCACUCUUGCUGCACUCAGUCCGGACCUCACUCUUGCUGCACUCAGUCCGGACCUCACUCUUGCUGCACUCAGUCCGGACCUCACUCUUGCUGCACUCAGUCCGGACCUCACUCUUGCUGCACUCAGUCCGGACCUCACUCUUGCUGCACUCAGUCCGGACCUCACUCUUGCUGCACUCAGUCCGGACCUCACUCUUGCUGCACUCAGUCCGGACCUCACUCUUGCUGCACUCAGUCCGGACCUCACUCUUGCUGCACUCAGUCCGGACCUCACUCUUGCUGCACUCAGUCCGGACCUCACUCUUGCUGCACUCAGUCCGGACCUCACUCUUGCUGCACUCAGUCCGGACCUCACUCUUGCUGCACUCAGUCCGGACCUCACUCUUGCUGCACUCAGUCCGGACCUCACUCUUGCUGCACAAUCACAAGUGCAUGUUUUCCCUCACUCCGCACAGUAA